GAGGCUGUUCAAUCACUAGAUUAUUUUUUAUAACUUACCUUGUCUUUAGUAGCACAAACAGGGUUCUUCUCCUGUUGAUAAUCCAUAUAAAUUGAUCAAAGUACCUUUAACUUCGCCUGCAUACUUUUUACGGAGUGCCCUGGCGGAUAUAUCGAGUGCAACUUGAGAAGCAGAAGUAGGCUAGCAGAGUACGGGAGGUUUGACAAAAUGGCAGACGACUCCUUGUUUGAGUUUCUCCAUAUGGAGAUUGUUUCGCACAUUUUCAAUGAGCAGCAGUCGAGUAAAGGAGAGCUGGACAACAAGGACAGAGCGGCAUGUAUUUCUCUCUUAGAAGCGAUGGGCUUCAGGGUGGGACAAGGUCUCAUUGAGAGACUGACACGGGACACCCCCAGCUUUAAGGAUGAGUUGGAUAUUAUGAAGUUUAUUUGUAAAGACUUCUGGACUAAGGUGUUUAGGAGACAAGUGGAUAACCUCCGGACAAACCAUCAGGGGACCUAUGUUUUACAGGACAACAAGUUUUCUUUUCUGACUCAGUUUUCCGGUGGGAAACAGUAUCUGGAUCAGGCCCCCAAGUAUCUUGCUUUUUCUUGCGGUGUGGUGAGAGGAGCUCUGUCUAACCUCGGGCUGGAGAGUGUGGUGACAGCUGAGGUCUCCAUCAUGCCGUCAUGUAAGUUUCAGGUGGUCAUCCAGAAGCUGUAACCCGGUUGCCUUGGUUACCCCGGUACACAUAAAUGGUGCCAACGUGUUGGGAGGAAUGUACCUGUAUUUCCACUGAUCAUAACGGACAUUGGAAUAUAUGAUCACAAAUGGGUCAAGUGGGUGAUGGAUGGGUCAACUAUGAUCCUCCAAACCACUGUUUGGACUUCAACAGCCCACUUUGGAGGCUCUUUAGUUCACUUUUGAUUUUGUGCAUUGUUUUCCUCCUUUUAAAAUUUUUUUUGAAAUGCUUGUCCAUUUAAACUGUGUAAUAUAAAGUUAUCAGUUCUUGUGUAAAGUAUUUUUGGGGGAGGCUGGCACUGAUUGAUCAGCUAAAUGUUAGAACAAUUUAUCUAGUGCAAACUUCUGACUAAAUCUGUCUGACUAAACAUUCAUAAUUUUUAAAAGCUUGCUUCAAUGAACUAACUGGGAAAGCCUUGCUUGGGAACAAAACUGCUGGACCUAAAUAUUAAAUGUGAAGAGUUGCUUAUCAGCAGAUGUAGUGAAAAAACAAACAAAAAAAUAAAGCCAAUUCUAUAACUAGUGUGUCAGAAAUUCCUCCUAUAUUUUGUUCCCUGAUUGUCAAAGUUAAUGUAAACCUGAUGCAAGUUUAGUACAUCACUUGAAGUUCCUAUGAAGCCUAAACAGCAAAUUGUUUGGUAAAUGUUGGAUGCUGUUGGUGUAUGUGGCCAGUGAUGGUAAAGUUUGUGAACAGAUCAGGUAUGAGAAACACCACAUGGCAGAACUGCAUUUAUGUCUGGUGUUUUUGGUCAUUUUGCCUCUGCAAUCAAUUAGUAGUAAUUUGGAUUCAUGUUGCUGGCACAUGGAUUAAAUGGAAUUAGAUCUUGUGUUCCCAAGUCAACCGUGCAUUAAAAUGUAUAAUUAGAAUCAGAUCUUGUUUGUGGGGGACCCUGAUCUUCUAAAAUGAUUGAAUGUUAUUAUACAAGCACUACUUCUACCAAAUACUAGAUUUAAAAUGCUGACCUGAUUUCAUGUGUAUAUAUGUUUUCUCAGUUGGCUGUAAAUCAUGUUUGUAAAAUUCUUUCUUGAAAUGCGUUAUGUUCAAUAACAAUGUGUUUGUUCUCUGUUCAGUCAUAGGGUCUUAAAACAAGACUUCUCUAUGUAAACUUAAUAAAACUGUGAUGUAAUAGACAA